AUGUGCUCGCCUCCCGCUACUCGUCGACUGCCCGGCUUGGCCCUCUCUUCCGGCCCCAUCCGCGCCGCGCUUCCCCCCCCAAGACCGCCCAAAAUUCCUCCCACAAACUCGUCACGUCUCCCUUCCAACAUUCCCUUGCGGACCCUCCCUGCACGCUCCGGCACCGACCCAGACUCGCAGUCGGCCUCGCUGCUGGCAUUUCGGCAACACGACGAUCCGAACCACCGUCGCCUGUCCUCCGGCUCCGAGUCCUCGUGGACCGACACAGGCGACAUUGGCGAGCAGCCUGCCGACGAUCACGACCCUGUCCGCCUCCAGCUGCCCGACGAGCUUGAGGAGGAGCUGCUAGCCGGUGUCCAGAAGCGAUCCUCGAGGCACCAGAAGAAGGUCCGCAUUCGAGAUCCUUCGCCGCGACGACACGAACGCUCCCUGUCGCGGUCACGCAUCGUCGACAAGGAAGCAAUCCAGAUACCAAUCGUCGGACCCUAUCGUCCUUCUCGGGCUGAACGCUGCAUCGGCGCCAUCAUGUCGGGACGUUCGGGCUCCAUCCACGGCCUGACGGGCAAGGCCCUUCUCUACUUCACCAGCAUAUUUGUAUCGCUCGGCGUGUUUCUUUUUGGCUACGAUCAAGGUGUUAUGUCAGGCAUCAUCACGGGCCCAUACUUCAUCGACUACUUCGAUCACCCAUCCAAAGCUCAUGUAGGGACCAUGGUCGCUAUCCUCGAAAUUGGUGCCUUCAUUGCCUCGCUGGUAGUGGGCCGAGUUGGCGACAUCAUUGGUCGGCGACGCACCAUCCUCUACGGAUCAUGCAUCUUCUUCGUCGGCGGCGCUCUCCAAACUCUUGCGACCUCCAUGACUAUGAUGAUGGUUGGCCGCAUCAUUGCCGGUCUUGGCGUCGGCAUGCUGUCCACGAUUGUUCCCGUAUACCAGUCAGAAAUCUCGCCGCCUCAUAACCGAGGAAAACUGGCCUGCAUCGAGUUCUCUGGCAACAUCAUAGGCUAUACCACUUCCGUCUGGGUCGACUACGGCUGCGGCUUCAUCGAGAGCGACAUGUCGUGGCGUAUACCUCUACUGAUGCAAUGCGUGAUGGGCGCGCUCCUGGGCCUGGGAAGCUUGAUUAUUGUGGAGUCGCCGCGAUGGCUUCUCGACAACGACCAUGACGAAGAGGGCAUGGUUGUUAUUGCAAAUCUGUACGGCGGCGGCGACAUCCACAACGCCCAGGCCCGAGAAGAGUACCGCGAGAUCAAGAUGAAUGUGCUGCUCCAGCGUCAGGAGGGAGAGCGCACUUACGCGGAUAUGUUUCGGCGAUAUCGCACACGCGUUUUCAUCGCCAUGUCUGCCCAGGGCCUUGCUCAGCUCAAUGGCAUUAAUGUCAUUUCCUACUACGCCCCUUAUGUCUUUGAGUCGGCGGGCUGGGUCGGCCACGAUGCCGUCCUCAUGACGGGAUUAAACGGCAUUACGUACUUCCUAUCGACCAUUCCGCCGUGGUAUCUCGUGGAUCGAUGGGGACGACGUGCGAUCCUUCUCUCCGGCGCCGUCGCCAUGGCUAUAUCCUUGUCUCUCAUCUCCUACUUCAUCUACUUGGACAUCCACUGGACACCGCGCAUGGUGGUGUUAUUCGUCAUGAUUUACAACGCAGCGUUUGGCUACUCGUGGGGCCCGAUCCCGUGGCUCUACCCGCCAGAGAUCCUCCCGCUCAGCAUUCGAUCCAAGGGCGCCAGCCUGUCGACGGCCACCAACUGGGCGGCAAACUGGCUUGUUGGAGAAAUGACACCAAUUCUGCAGGAGUGGAUCAAAUGGCGGCUUUACCUUGUUCACGCCUUUUUCUGCGUGGCAAGUUUUGUGAUUGUAUAUUUCAUUUAUCCGGAGACGUGUGGUGUUCGUCUGGAGGACAUGGACUCGAUCUUCGGCGAUGCCAGCACGGUCGUGGGCACGCCCUCGAUACACGCCGAGACUGGGUCUCUUAUCAGGGGCGGAUCACCCAUCGGGUCCGGUCGUGUUUUCAUGGGCCAGCCCAGCGGCAUCCCGCCCCUCAAUCUCGAGCCAGGCCCCGAAGUCGACGACGACAACAAAUCGCAGAUGCAGACGAACGGAGGCGAGGAUAGGAGCAUUGGCUCCUGGCUAUCCAGGGUCGUCGGUCGCGGGCGCGCGGACAGCGGCGGCAGUGGUCAGGGCCGUUAUGCGCCGCUUGGACAGCAAGAAGAUGGCAACCGCCGCGGCAACUGA